UUUCCGAGAACAGGAACUAGAUGCUACUUACGUACUACGGACACCACGAGAUAUAAACUGGCCCGGCUUCAGUCACAUGACUCCGGGUUCGUAGUGCUUUUCCUUUGGUUACGAAAAACUGGUGAACAUGGGUUCUCGAACGCGCUUUUUGGAAUCGGCAGCCUUAGUUUUGAAAGAUUCCUGUCCAGAGAUGUCACGUUAUCUGCUAUCCGUACGAGGCACUGCAGAAAAAAAGAAAGGCCUUGUAGAAAAUGUAUGCCCAUUCUGUUUCCAGUUGUUUAUGCCUGAUAAUUAUAAAGUUCGCUUGAAGCCAAAAUUGAAAAUAUCUCCAUCUAUUGAAAGACUUUUAAAAAAAGAAGCAAAGAACCACCGACUCACCUUGAAACAAACAAGAUUACUGAGAAAAUAUAAAUGUGCAAAGAGUGUGCUGAUGGUUACCUGUAGUACAUGCAGUAAAGUCUCAAAGUAUGCUGGUGAAAGCAGACAUCUUCUUGCGAAUUGCCCAGGUACCCCAAAGCCCUUGCGAAUGAGUGCACCCACAGAUUUAAGAAUAAGGACACCUGGUUCAAGCAGAAAAGCAAACCUUUCUUACAGUGAAGAGAAGCUGAGCUCAAAAGGCAGAAGUCCUGUUUUAACACCAAGAUCCUGUGCAUCUGCGCAUUCAUCUCCAGCCACCUCUGUGAAGUCUUCAAAAAAGGGGAAAUUUCAUUUUUCAAAGUUAAAAAUGCUCCUUAGUCAGGAAGAGAGAGAGCCAAGUAAAAAGGGAGAUUUGCAAAACUUUUUGUCAUCUCUUGCAUGAAGCUUUUCAUAAAGCAUUAUACAAGAAGUAAUCUGUUCUUCUGUCAAAAAGCAGUCUGUCUUUUUACAACUGUCAGAAAAUAAUUAUUAAAUAAGUUGUACAUUAUUAUAAUUUUUUACAGCAGUGCAACUUUUAAAGAUUCUUGCAAUAGUAAUUUGAGUACUUUGCAUUUAGAUAUUUAUUAAUUGAUUAAUUUAUAUCUCUGUUGUGUUGUGCCAUAUAAAGAACAGGUUAAAGAUGACUGAUCAAGGAAAUCAUGUGAUACUUGUCAUUGCCAGAGCCAGGUGUUCCAUGGGAGACAAAUAUUUUUUUCAUUGUGCAGUUUCCUCAAAUUUAGCAGUGGUGGGAAUUGGGAUCCUGAUGGCUUUCUUAAUCAUUUCUCCUGAACAAGCAGCAUCAUUAUGUUAACUACUGCAAGUUCAAACAAUGUGUUUGUUUUUUUUUGUUUGUUUUUUUAAAGAAAAACUUGCCGGGUACAUAGGUGUCUGUGUAUUGUGUAUAUACCAAAAUAAACUUAUUAAAGAUAA